AUGACAACGGAUAAGAGCCCUCUACACGAGGCGGACGGACCUUGUUAUCAAGCAGUGAUGCUUGUUGGCCCCCCUGGUGUUGGUAAGGGAACACAAGGGAAAAUGCUGGCACAAAUCCCUGGCAUUUUCCAUGUCUCCAGCGGCGAUAUGUUCCGCGAACUUGAUAGCAAUUCCAAAUGCGGACAGAUUUUCCAACAAUACGCAGGCGUCGGUAAAUUAGUCCCUGGUCACAUCACAAUCAAAAUCUGGCAGGACUACAUGAGGGCGAAAGUCCAGCAGCAGGUUUACUCGCCAGAAAGCGAUCUGCUCAUUCUUGAUGGCAUUCCACGGAACAUCACGCAAGCAGGGCUGAUAGCACCUUAUAUAAAACUCUUUAAGGUGAUCUACAUGGUCUGUGAGGACCGGGAAGUGAUGUUUAAACGUAUCCGGGGACGGUCACUCAAAGAAAAUCGAAUCGACGAUUCCGAAGAAGUGGUAGUCCGCUACCGGUGGGAUGUUUACAAACGAGAAACCGAACCAUUGAUUGAUUACUACCCCCAAGACCUGAUUCGAAUCAUCGAUGCCAACACGACUGCAGCGGAUGUACUUCACCAAAUCCUAUCAACGACCGUGCCUAUUCAGAAGAAUCAUUUCAAGAAACCACGGAUGUAA